UAAACGUUACAAAUUUACAAACAGUCCCUCAGUUUUUUUAAUUAUUUUGAUUAUUACGUACAACAUCGACAAUGUCUACUGAUUUAAACUCCAGUUUCACAGAACAAUACAUGAACAUCAAUACAAAAAUGAAAAAGCGUUUCAUGCGGAAGCCAAAUGUUUCUGAAGCAACAAAUGAGUUUAUAGCACUAGCGAUACAAUGUGAACAUUCUGAACAGCCAACGUUUGCAGGGCAUUCUUAUGUGGGCGCUGCGAAAUGCGAGGCCUCGGUGGGAAAUUUCCUUGGUGAAGCAGAGCACUAUAUCUCUGCAGCCAGACAAUUCAUUAAAGCUGAGAUGAAACUGAAGUCAAUGAAAUUCUACAGUCCCGAGAGAGAGAAUUUAGAAGCUGGUAUAGGAUGUUUUCUACAAGCACUGAACAAAUAUCCAGAAAAGUCACCCAUUCGCACAUCACUACUGAUGGAAUUGGCUAGCAACCUGUCCACCCUGGGACAUAAAGCGGAGGCUAUAUCAUACUACCAACAAGCACUGGAUACUGUUGUGGAUUAUACUAUGAAGUUGAUGGCAUUGUGGAAUUUAAUGAUUUUACAGAUUGACAGUGAAAAGUUCAGCAUGGCACUUGAAACUGCAAACACAAUAUGUGACUCCAAACUGAAUAUUCCCGAAGACCUCCUCACAGAAGUUCAAGUAACCAGGAUACUGUUAGCAAUUCUCGUGAAACCAGCCAAUGAGGACAAGCCACCUUCAUUGAAACAACUAUUUUUUGAUCUAAUGAAUGAUAUAGAAACUGAAGCUCUACCUCUGAGUACGGACCUGCGGUUGAAACUGCAGUCAAUAACAGUGAGCGAGCAGGAGGGAGAUAUGACGUCAUUGGUUGCACUAUUGGCCGACACGGAAGAGCACCUAGUUCCACACCAGACACAAUUACUGCACCACAUUAUUUCUAAACAAAGGCUCGAUCAUUUGGGUCUUACAUAAAAAUCUCCCAGAUACCGCUACGUUAGAUGUAGAUGUUCUACUCCAGUGAGCUACUUCUCACGUUUUUACUGUUAUUGCAGUAGAUAUGCAUAUAUGAGGGCGUCAGCGCAAAAGUGGCUUAUGUUUACCAUAGUUGGUAUGGAGAUAAUGAGGUUUGAAUAAAUUUGAUUUACUUUUACAUUGCUUCGUACGCAAAAAUAAUACGCACAAAAGUAAUAUUUACAAGGCCAUCUAUUAUCUAUGGGUGAAACUAGGGAUAGGCCGGUUUUGUAUCAAAAUUUAUUAUGUUUUAAUUAAAUUGCAACAUAAAAAGCACGUUUAUGAAGAAUUAUGGGUUAGGCCACUUUUUCGCUGACGACCUGAUAUGUAAAU